AUGAGUCAGGAACCAUUCUUUGACUUUUUUCCAGCUGAGGGACAACAAUAUUACAGUUCAUCAAUAGAGAACAUGGGCCAUCGGGAACAAAAUUCCGAAAUGCGAUCCGGCGGUCCAUAUAAUCAAAUGCAAAACCCGCAGCAAAAAGCUGUUUUUUCUCAUAAGCAACAACUACAACAGCAGCAGCAGCAGCAACAGCGAAUGUUGCCAAUACAGCAAUUACAAACAAAGCAGACGAAAGAUUUUCAAUCGAGUGGGAGGCAUGAACCAAAUAAUAAGGAUAAAAUUGACCAGCUGCCUCCAAAUUCUUUUGCAUCUACCCAGUUUGUGCCAGGGUCGUCUCCCAGUUCAAAUUCAAUGGGAUCGUACUCAAGCUUGGGAGAGCAAAGUGUAACAACAGCCGUGAGCUCAGAGGCAGCAGCACACAAUACGUAUGCAAAAGUGACAGAUGUCAACAUGAGUGAUGGUCCAGGGCACAAAGAUGUGCAAUCUACAAAGGAUAACGAAGAUGAAAAUGAGUUGGGAUCCGAUAAAGGGAAAAAAGAUGGAGCUUUAACAAAAAAGCAUGGCAGGAAGAAGCUCACAAAUCAGGAAUUGCACCAACGGAGAAAGGCCCAGAACAGGGCUGCGCAACGUGCAUUUCGGGAGAGGAAGGAGGGCAAGCUUAGAGAUCUCAGUAAGCAGCUAAGUGCAGUACAGGCAGAAAAGGACAAACUCCAAAAACAACUUGAAGAGAUGAAGCAAAGAAACAUGUUUCUUGACAUGGAGAACAAAUUUCUGCAGGAGAAAGGAUACUUUGUGAAUAAGGAUGGAGUCACGCAAGCUACAGCUUCUCCUACUGAUGCUUCCGGUUCAACCUCCUCUGGAUCACCUCAAUCUGCAAAUGGAUCGUUCGUGUUCCCUAAAUACACGAGAGAAAAGUUUAUAAAUGGCUCUGUGGAUAUGGGUAAGCACACUUGGGGCAAAGACAAGUUCCGUAGUAAGACUUACGAAGUGGAUAAUGCCGCAGUUCUCACCGUGGGGGCAGUGUGGGACUAUCUUGUUGAAUUUGCCAAGAUGAAUGAUGAGAUAAGCAUUGAUAUACCCGGCGUUAUGGGUGAUCUCCGGGGAAAAGAGGUCUGCCAUGGGUUUGGGCCCGCCUACAAGCUUCGUCUGGUAAAUGAGACUUUACAACGUCACAUCUGCAACAAGUAG